AUGCGUAAAAAGAAGAGAAAGCAGAAGAUUAUAGUGGGAGUAUCCGCUGGAGCCGGUGGCAUUCUUCUUAUAGUCUUCAUAACGCUCUGCUUUUGGAAAUUUCGAAAAACCAAGAUUGAUAGAAAAACUGCUGCCGCGGCUUUAGAACUACAAGCGAGAGAUCAAAACACGCGACAGCGCAACACCUGGGAAUCUAGAAUCGUGCCAUUUGAUGACAUCGCGGCAGCAACGGAUAACUUUUCAGCAACCAACAUCAUCGGAGAGGGUGGCUUCGGCGUCGUCUACAAGACAAUGCCAUGUAUCGGCGGUGAGUCUCAGGGUACACUACCUGGCGGGCAAGAGAUCGCCGUGAAAAGAUUGACUAAUCAGUCAGAAAUGGGAAUUCAAGGGUUUGAGAGAGAGGUGAUGCACAUUAGAGUAGCCCAGCACAAGAAUAUAGUGAGACUUAUAGGUUACUUUUGUGACGACAAUGAGAAGAUAAUUGUAUACGAGUUGUUGGAGAACUCUAGCUUGGACAAUCAUCUUUUCGAAAAAACCGGCAGCUCUAUCCUAAGUUGGAACCAGAGACUCGACAUAACCAAAGGAAUUGCUCGAGGGCUUUCGUAUCUUCACCAUGAUUCCCGGUUUAGGAUCAUCCAUUUAGAUCUUAAACCGAGUAACGUCUUGCUCGGUAGAGAUAUGAUCCCGAAGAUCUCGGAUUUCGGAAUGGCGCAAACACUUGCACAAGAUAAAACGGAAGACAAUGCCACGACCGUGGGCGGAACUUACGGAUACAAGAGCUUCUCAGUGAAGUCGGAUGUCUUCAGCUUUGGGGUCAUGGUUCUUGAAAUCGUCACAGGUAUUAAAUGUAAAGAGUACCCUAAGCACCAUGAUGGAGAUAACCUCUUAUGCGUCAUAUGGAACAAGUGGAAGGAAGGAAACGGGAUGGAGAUGCUAGACCAGGCCAUCAAGGAUUCACCAUCUGGAAAUAAUCUAAGUGAGCUUGAGGUGAUUCGUUGCAUUCAGAUUGGUUUGCUCUGUGUCCAGCAUGACGCAGAGGACAGGCCCACGAUGGAGACUGGAUCAUCCUCCUCGUCGCCCAGAGAGCCUCAAGAGUGUGAAUCUUCCUCGAUAAAUCAGAUCACCAUUUCGGCUUUUGACGCUCGCUAG